AUGCCUUGGCCUGAUGAUUCUCUGAUUGGUGUAGACAACAGCAGAGGCUCUGUGGAGUACCUCCGCAGCAAACAGCAGCAGCAGCAGCAGCAGCAGCAGCAGCAGCAAGACCCUGACACCGCACCGACCGGGCCCAAAGACACCCCCAAAGAAAAAGCACUCGAAAAAACAUAUAACUACGCCAAAGAAGUCGCGACGAUGGACGCCAUCCGCUUUAUGAUGUCCAAAUAUAACAGAGACUUCCGAUAA